AUGGCUGUGACGGUUUACACAUCAGCAACUCCUGCUCGUCUGCUACUUGUUGAUGACCAUCCAAUGAUACGACGAGGCUUGAGUGAUUUAUUAAGCCUUGAAAAUGAUGUGAAAGUAGUGGGUGAAGCAAAUAAUGGUCAAGAGGCUAUUAACUAUCUGCAACAUAACAACGUAGAUUUAAUCGUCCUUGAUAACAAUAUGCCAAUCAUGAAUGGUAUUGAAACGCUCAAGCGUAUUCGAGAGUUGGAUAUUGAAGGAAAAGUAUUGCUAUUUACCGUAUCAGAUAACAGCAAAGAUGUGCAAGAUGCCUUAGAGUUCGGCGUGGAUGGUUACCUGCUUAAAGAUAUGGAGCCUGAGGAUAUCAUCAAAGAUAUCCGUAAAAUCCUGCGAGAUGAACUCGUUAUUAGCCCAAGUCUUGCGCCGAUUCUCGCUCAGGCCAUGCGAAAACCUGCCAAAAAUGAAAGUAAUUACGACCCUCACUACCGAGAAUUACAAGUGGUACAAAUGAUAGCCGAAGGUUUAAGCAAUAAAAUGAUUGGCAAUAAACUGGGUAUUGCUGAAUCAACGGUCAAAGUACAUGUCAAACACAUUCUAGGCAAAGUUGGCUUACGCACCCGAGUUGAGGCCGCUGUUUGGGCCGUCAGUCAACAUAAAAAGUCUUAA